AGAUACGGGAAAUGAUCUGCACGUUUGCCAGUGAUCAUACUCUGGCCAGGCUCGCACGGACAUGCAAAGCCUUCCAUGAACCAUCAAUUCAAGUUCUGUGGUGUUACCUCUCCGACAUCUCUCCGUUUUUCCACUGCUUUCCCCAGGACGCAUACGCACAUACUGAAAAGCUCAAUCGUCCACUGACACCAGAGGAAUGGACGAGGGUCCUCAAAUACUCCAGCUUAGUCCGACACUUAUCAUCACGAUACCAUCAUAAAGGCCCUCGCCGCCAGUUUUCGCAACAUGAUUUUUGUCCCGAGGAAGCGUUGUAUCACUUAUCAGCUUUCCAUCCUACCCUCGUCUUCUUCCCCAAUCUCGUUAUCUUCGAGUGGUCCCGAACCCAUACGAAUGUGAGCGAACUGCCGGUCGUUCUGAGAUCCCUCAGCCCCAAUCUUCGUAUACUCCGCUUGUCUGCCAUUCGGUCAGGGGACAAUCUUCAGCCUACGCUCUCCCUCAUCGCUAGCCGCUUUGGAUCUCUUGAAGAAUUCAAUAUGAAUGUAUUCGAGAGCCGGCCUGGUGAUGAUUCGGAUCCAGUCAUGCCAUACCUCUUCUUCUCCGCCAUCCAGAAUCGAUACGCGUUGAAAGUCAUUCAAUGCAAUGGCAUUCUUGUCACCGAAGAUGGUCUGCUCGUCCUCUCGAGGCUGCCGAAUCUCAACAAGCUAGCCAUCCGUCUUCCGCGGUCCUUCACACUUUCCGCCGACACUGACUCUUUAGAGGGCUUUGCUAGUCUACGAGACAUCACGGUCACCGCCAUCAUUCCGGAUUACAUCCACUUCUCCGACAAAACGGCCCUUCCACGCGUCGCGUCCAUGCGGAUCCAGGUAGAGGGCACCCCCGACAAUGGCGAUAUCCUCCGUUUAUUUGCAUCAAUCCCGACAAAUUUUUCACCAGCCAUGAUCACCAAGCUCUUCGUCUCCGACAGACAACCCAACCACCAAGCGGUCAUCUGUCUCCCCUAUCUGCAGCCUCUCUUCGAGCUAAGCAACCUCGCUGUCUUUGAGCUCUCCAUGGCUGCACGCUACGUGCUGGACGGCGCGGCAUAUACGGCCAUAGCUCAAGCCUGGCCUCUCCUCGAGUCGAUCGACAUUGGCGUGGCCGAUAUCUGCGUGCGCGACGAGACACAUCCGGUUACGAUCGUCGACGCACUUCUGCCCUUCGCCGUGCACUGCCCCAAGCUCACACACCUCGGCGUAUGGUUCAGCAACUCGCAGCUGUUUGACUCCUGGAUACCGGAGCGUAUUGAAGAGGUGGCGUCGCAGGUCCGGCCGAACGCGUCGCUCGUUACGUCGCUGGACGUGGUCGACUCGCCGGUCUACCCUACACACAAGGUUGCGGCUUUUCUGGCAAUGAUGUUCCCAAAGUUGGACGCCACGCAAUUUCAGUGGCGGCGAAAGUAUUCCAGAUUGGAUUGUCCCUCUAAAAAGGAGAUGCGAGAGUUAUUUCUCUUGUUCGCUAUGAUGCGCAGGGUUGAGCGACGUGAAGUCGAGUUGCAGGAGGAGUGA